AUGCAAAGAGAUGAAGAUAAAGAAGACGACAUGGAAGGAGAUGAAAAUGAAGAUGAAGAUCAAGAUCAAGAUCAAAUUGAAGAUGACGAUUGUGAAACUUUUAAUGAGGAUAGUGAUAAUAAUGAAAAAUAUGAGUUUGUUUAUUCUGGAAGAACGAUGGUUAAAAGGAAGCAUUCAAAACUGAGACCUAGAUCAACAAAUGCCUCUGGAAGUAUCUCUUUACCUAUAAAUGCCAGUGCAUUUAUUGAUAUAUCCAUUCAACCACAGAUGCAACGGAAGUAUAAUGAUGUGCCAUUUCAGACACCUUCUUUGUUGGGUGCAUCUGUAGAGCAAGUAGAAAAUGAGACAUCUACUCAUAAUUCUCAUAGAUCCCCAUCUACCGAUUUAGGUGCAAGUGUAGAUGACACAUCCUCAAGGUCAAGGAGUAGGGGGCUUAGUGUAGGAUUACAGACUCCUGUAGAUCCAUCCGAUAGAUUACAUAUAACUCCUAUUGGAGAGAGAAGUGUGGUGAUGAUUCAUCUUCUCAGCCAGAAUUCGAUCCGUAUGCUUGGACUGAAGCAAUUGGAGGGAUGGAGACUACACGCACUCACGUGUAUGGGUUUGGUACUCAGGUGCCUGCUACAGCUUUACUUACUGGAACACACAACAAUGUAGCAACAUCUGAGUCUGCAUGUGGCCUUAUCAACUCCAACGUUAAUAGUCUCGCAAUUGCAUUAGAAGAAAAAGUGAAAAAUCUUUCAAAAAACUUGGAUAAGAUACGUGAGGAAAUACAUAGGGAAAUACGUGAAGAAAUUAAGAAUGCAAUGGCGGAAAGCAUGACUGAAUUUAUGGCACGUAUAGAAACCAUGAUAAUGAGUAAUGUGCAUUCAAAACAAGGAGGUGUGAGACCUUUAAGCUAAAAUCUGGACAAGUAAGAACACAACAUUUCAUGAUAUGAUGUCUAUUUUUCACUGCUACACUUGGAUACUUUUUAGUAUAGUUGUUUAAUAACACAUUUAGCUUUAUUUUCAUAUGUAUUUAACUUUUUUAGACAUUGUGUGUUUAGGGUAAUUUUUAAUUAUAUGAUUUCGACUUUGAAUCUCGAUUUUUAAUGUGUGUUUCUUUUAUA